AGAAACGAAUAAUCUAAAGCAUGAAUUCCAAUGUGUGGAAUAUUAAAGAGAUGUUCAGCAUCCCUACAGGAACAGGAGCAAACAAAACCUCCAGUCGAAGCAGUGCUCCCAGUGACUACUCCAGUCUGACGGAUUCCCAGUUCCUGUUUGGAUCUCAGUUUUGCCCUGAAUAUUCACAAUCUGCAUCCCAAGAAGUGAACUUCCCAUCCAGAGUACCCCAAUCUUCACAGCAAAAUUCUCAGGAACAGAGUGAUCCCAGAUUUUCAACAAAAUAUCAGACCAAGCCAUAUCUGUUUGGUGGAGACAAUAAGGAGAAAAGCAAAGGGCCUCAUUUUGGAUGUGGAAAUACCAAAGGAAUCUUGGAACAGUUUGAGGUCAACAAGAAAAGGGCCAAAGAAAAGGAAGAAAGUGAGUUUUUGUAUAGUGGAUUUUCACAACUUCGGGAAUGUAUGGAAGGGGUAAGUUAAUUAAUUAU